AUGUACAGGCGCCCCGAUUGGGCCGACGACGUCUCCGACUCUGAACAGAUCAACGACCCGUCCGCGCUCCCCGCGCCCGUCACAACCGUCGAUAAGAACGGCAUCAAAACCACGAUCCUAUACCGCUUCAACGACCAGGGCCAGAAAGUCAAAGUCACUCGCAAAACCCGCACCACAGUCAUCAAGGAGAAACUCAACCCCGUGGUCGCCGAACGCAGAGAGUGGGCCAAGUUUGGUCUCGAGAAGGGGAAACCCAAGGGCCCGCAGCCCGAUACCACGUCCGUGGGCGAGAACAUCCUGUUCCGACCGUCGAGGGAUUGGAAGAAUGUGCAGGCUGAAGAGGCCAAGUCCGGCGGCGGCAAGGCCGAGGAGAAGUCGCUGAAGGAGCAGCUUCGGGACAAGAAGGUCAAGUGUCGGAUUUGCCAGGGCGAGCAUUUCACCGCGAGAUGUCCCUUCAAGGAUACGAUGGCGCCGGCGGAUGAUGGCGCCAACCCCGUCGCGGAUCCGAUGGCCGAUGACGAAGAGGGCGGGGGCAAGGCAGCCGGUGGGCUGGGCGCCGGCGGCAGCAGCUACGUCCCGCCGCACUUACGAAAGGGCGCGCAGGGCGCGGGCGAGAGGAUGGGUGGCAAGUUCGAGAGAGACGACUUGGCUACGUUACGAGUCACCAACGUCUCCGAGAUGGCCGAAGAACAAGAACUCCGCGAUCUCUUCGAGCGGUUUGGCCGCGUCACGCGCGUCUUCCUCGCCAAAGACAGAGACACCGGUCGUGCAAAGGGCUUCGCCUUUAUCAGCUUUGUCGAUAGGUCAGAUGCUGCCAGGGCGUGCGAGAAGAUGGACGGUUUCGGGUAUAGGCAUUUGAUUCUCAGAGUCGAGUUUGCCAAGAGGACAACCUAG